GUGUUUGGGUAAUUUAGGCUUAACAUUUUAUGCAAACAUAAAACGAACCUAGACACCAUGGGGAAAAAAACUUGAUAGACUAGCUACAGAAAUAACUUUCGGGGCAUCUUUCUGGGAAAAUAAGCCACAGGACUGCCGCCUGAGUCUUCAGGAACAACUGAAAUGUCCUGAAGGUGUAAUUAUGGGGAAAGUGAAAACCUCCCAGCCUUCUGUAAUCUGAAGGGUCAAGGGGGCGGGUUGGAGGAGAGAAUUUGCUACUCAUGAGAACAGAGGAAGUGAAAUGCGUGCUGUGUUUGAUGGCAAGAAGUGCUGUUAGCGAAGAAAGAAUCCUCUGGCCCCAAACGGCCUCUCGGGUCCCCCUCCCCCUCGCCAGUAGCCUGACCUGUCCCCUCCCCAGCGUGAUGUCUAGCUCCACACACCUGUGCCCUCGGUGAGAGAAUGGCAACAGUCGGCACUUGUCGAAGAACCUGUAAUUGAGCUGUAGGGUGAGUAACCUGAGCAAACAUCCCCGUGGUGGUGUCGACUGCCUACUUCCUGGCUGCCACGUCUCCCGGAGGGGAAAUAAAAGGAGCAAAGGUGAACCCCACUGCAAAGGACCACAAGGCAAUGCCAGGACGAGGGAGUUGGAGUGACCUGGGUGAUUCUGAGUGAAUCAGUCAGGGAGGCCUUCCUGGAGGAGGCUGAGGCCCCAAGGUGUGGCCACCGCAACAGAUCAAGCUAUUUCCAGGGUCGGGCCCAGCACUCAGAGCUGACCCAGCCGGGGUCCCCAUCGGUCCCCGAGGAUGCGUCUCCUCCGUAGACGCCACAUGCCCAUGCGCCUGGCCAUGGUGGGCAGUGCCUUCGUGCUCUUUCUCUUCAUCCUGCACAGGGAUGUCAGCAGCACGGAACAGGCCACAGAGAAACCGUGGCUGAAGUCUUUGGUGAGCCAGAAGGACCAUGUUCUGGACCUCAUGCUGGGGGCCGUGAACAACCUUCGAGAUUCGAUGCCUAAGCUCCAGAUCCGGGCCCCAGAGCCCCAGGAGACACCGGUCUCCAUAAACCGGUCCUGCCUACCUGGGCUCUAUACCCCAGCAGAGCUGAGGCCCUUCUGGGAACGGCCACCACAGGAUCCCAAUAGCCCUGGGGCAGAUGGAAAAGCAUUUCAGAAGGACAAGUGGACCAGUCUGGAGACCCAGGAGAAGGAAGAAGGCUAUAAGAAACACUGUUUCAAUGCGUUUGCCAGUGACCGGAUCUCCCUGCAGAGGGCCCUGGGGCCGGACACCCGACCCCCUGAGUGUGUCGACCAGAAGUUCCGCCGCUGCCCUCCACUGCCCACCACCAGCGUCAUCAUUGUGUUCCACAACGAGGCCUGGUCCACGCUGCUGCGAACCGUGUACAGCGUCCUGCACACCAGCCCCGCCAUCCUGCUGAAGGAGAUCAUACUGGUGGAUGAUGCCAGCACCGACGAGUACUUGAAGGAACAACUGGAGCAGUACGUAAAGAAGCUGCAGAUCGUGAGGGUGGUGCGGCAGGAGGAGCGGAAGGGCUUGAUCACUGCCCGACUGCUGGGCGCCAGCGUGGCGCAGGCGGAGGUGCUCACCUUCCUGGACGCCCACUGCGAGUGCUUCCAUGGCUGGCUGGAGCCCCUCCUGGCUCGCAUUGCUGAGGACGAGACAGUGGUGGUGAGCCCAGACAUCGUCACCAUCGACCUAAACACUUUCGAGUUCUCCAAGCCCGUCCCGAGGGGCAGGGUCCACAGCCGUGGCAACUUUGACUGGAGUCUGACCUUUGGCUGGGAGGCUCUGCCCGCACAUGAGAAGCAGAGGCGCAAAGAUGAGACCUACCCCAUCAAAUCCCCGACGUUUGCUGGCGGCCUCUUCUCCAUCUCCAAGUCCUACUUUGAGCACAUCGGUACCUAUGAUAAUCAGAUGGAGAUCUGGGGAGGGGAGAACGUGGAAAUGUCCUUCCGGGUGUGGCAGUGUGGGGGCCAAAUGGAGAUCAUCCCCUGCUCUGUGGUAGGCCACGUGUUCCGCACCAAGAGCCCUCACACCUUCCCCAAGGGCAUCGGUGUCAUUGCUCGCAACCAAGUGCGCCUGGCUGAGGUCUGGAUGGAUAGCUACAAGGAGAUCUUCUAUCGGAGAAAUCUGCAGGCAGCAAAGAUGGCCCAAGAGAAAUCCUUCGGUGACAUUUCGGAACGACUGCAGCUGAAGGAACGACUACAUUGUCGCAACUUUUCCUGGUUCCUGCACAACAUCUACCCAGAGAUGUUUGUUCCCGACCUUAAGCCCACCUUCUACGGAGCUAUCAGGAACCUUGGCGUCGAUCAGUGCCUGGAUGUGGGUGAGAACAACCAUGGGGGGAAACCCCUCAUCAUGUACACCUGCCACGGCCUUGGUGGCAACCAGUACUUUGAGUACACAACCCAGAGGGACCUGCGCCAUAACAUCGCGAAGCAGCUGUGUCUGCACGCCAGUGCCGGCACUCUGGGCCUGCGGAGCUGUCACUUCACUGGCCAAAACAGCCAAGUCCCCAAGGAUGAGGAGUGGGAAUUGACCCAGGACCAGUUAAUCAGGAACUCAGGAUCUGGUACCUGCUUGACAUCUGAGAACAAAAAGCCAGCCAUGGCCUCCUGCAAUCCCAGUGACCCCCACCAGCACUGGCUCUUCGUCUAAGCUCCUCAUCACCCCCACAGGAGUUCCCACAAGCCUCUCAGGAAACAGGACUUUGGGGAACCUGAUGUUUGAGAACCUGAUUAUCAGCUUCUCAGUAGGCCUUAAAGAUGGGUUUCUUUUUUUUUUUUUUUUUUAAGUAAAAUAAGGUAUUUUAU